UUCUUUACAUUUCUGACAUUUUUUUUUGUCGAAUUUCUAAAUUUGCACGGUACUUCCUGCCUUUCAGACGGAACUUUUUAAAGGAAACUAAUAACGUCAUAGACGCGCAGUUCAACGUUAGCGCUCCUCUGGGUGAUGAGCAACUGAUAUUAUAAAAUGAAUAGAUAUGUUUAUAAAAUGAAUAGAUAUGUUUACAAAAUAGAUAUUUCAGUUGCCUCAUUUGAGUGUCAGUUGUCCGAAAAUCUAAGAAUGUUUCCGAAAUAAUAGACAUGACAUGAGUGAAUUUUGUUGUUGUGCCAAAUAAAAAUACCAGUCUACUAUUAAUAGUAACUAUUACUCCGAAUUACUUCCACUAACAAUAACUACAGCGAUUAAUACUAAUUUAGCACUUGAGCUAUAUCUUCAAUAACUAUAUCUAGAGAGAAAUUAAAACAAUUACAUGUGUAUUAUGUGGCUAUGAUUAUUAAUGUCUUAUAUGCCCAUGAAAGUAGUUCCCAUGAUCUUACAUGUUAAUAUAAUGUGUGAAAUGUCCACAUACCAUACAUUUGACAGAAUGCCUGUUAAGUCAACAACAUGUGGUUUACUGUGUUUUCUGUGCCCAAGCAAAAUUAAAUGAUCAGGCAUACGUUUUAUGUCGUUUUAACGUCCACAUUUUCAAACAAUUUUUAUUUUCGCCUUGUUUAUGAUGUAGUGUACUUGGUAUGCUGUUUUUGAGUCCCCAAAUCCAACCACUGCUACCUGGCAUAUUGUGUGCACUGUGCGUAGCCAGUGAUGACCAAUCAGCACACACACAGGGUUUGGUUUUGUAGUGGAUGGAUAAAUUGUGUAGAGUCUAGUCAUGGUGGUGCUGACAGGCUGUGUGAGGGAGUAUUUUUGGUCUGGGUCCCAGAGCAGGGUUAGUGUGUGUGUGAGAGUCCAUCCCUCCCCCGGAGCAACAGGUGGAAUGGGCCAGGGCCCUGGAGAGGUAGGGGGCAAGCACACCCCUGUUAGGGCACUCUCUUAAAACGACUGUAUGACAGCCAAGGAUUAUUCAUGUAAUCAAUCCUUUCUCACUUUUAGUUUUUCUGUCUUGGGGUCUGAGUUCACUACCCUAGUCUGUUUUUUAAUUUACAUACUGUAGCUUAUUAAUGAUGAAUUGCUAACUUGUCAUUCUGUCUCUGUCAGUGUGUCCCUAUCAUCAGGUCUCUGCAAUUUAUCAAAACUCAUAAGCUAUCUGUAUUGGUGUUUGCGUUUCUUUUGCCUUUGUAUGCCUGUGUGUGAGCGAGCAUUUGUCUGUUUGUGUAUAUUGAGCUGCCCUGAGACUGUCCUUGUGCAGAGGAGACUAUUCAGUGUGCUCAUCCCACAUAGCGAGCAUUCCUCCUCCACUCACACGAGAAAGCAGAAUAAUGCCUUGGAUAUGAUCCCUACAGAACAAAGAAACCCCCUGGCAUCCAAGCCCCAACAACCUGUGUCUACCAACAAUCCUCCUCUCUCCACAUGCAUAUGUCCAACAAGAUCACCCUGUCCUAUCUUGUCCUUGGCCCCUGGAACGCACCCUCUACCCCCUGCUCCUCCCAGCCCAGUCCUGUGGUCCUCUCGGCCCCCCACCACGUCUGCGGAGUGGGUGCCGGCCCCCUCCCCUGGGGGCACCAGUGAGGAGCUGAACGAGCCUCUGGACAAGCCUCUGGAGAACGAUGCGGAGGGCGUGUGGAGCCCCGACAUCGAGCAGAGCUUCCAGGAGGCCCUGGCCAUCUACCCGCCCUGCGGACGCAGGAAGAUCAUCCUCUCCGAUGAAGGAAAGAUGUACGGACGGAACGAGCUGAUAGCACGGUACAUCAAGCUACGCACAGGGAAGACACGGACAAGAAAGCAGGUGUCCAGUCACAUCCAGGUGCUAGCGCGACGGAAGGCCCGGGAGAUCCAGGUGAAGCUGAAGGUACGCUACGACCAGGCUGCCAAAGACAAGGCACUCCAGAGUAUGGCCACCAUGUCCUCUGCCCAGAUCAUCUCCGCCACCGCCUUUCAGAACAAAAUGGCUCUGCAGGGGCUGUCCAGGCCGCCGUAUCCCACUGCCGGCGGGUUUUGGCAUGGCGGCCUUCCAGGACAGCCUAGGGGUCCUGAAGACAUUAAGCCCUUUUCCCAGCAGAGUUACGCCAUGCAAGCGUCCGGCCCGCCCCCCAUAACAGGCUAUGAGAGCACGGCGGGCCUGUCCAUGUCGCCGGGCACCCCCCCGUGGCAGGGACGCAGUAUCGCCAGCUCCAAGCUUCGCAUGCUAGAGUUCUCUGCUUUCCUGGAGCAGCCUCAGGACCCAGAGACCUUUAACAAGCACCUGUUUGUGCACAUCGGUCAGUCCAACCCCACCUUCAGUGACCCGUACCUGGAGGCAGUGGACAUCCGGCAGAUCUAUGACAAGUUCCCUGAGAAGAAGGGAGGGAUGAAGGAGUUGUUUGAGAAGGGGCCGCCUAACGCUUUCUUCCUCGUCAAGUUCUGGGCCUCUGAGAAGAUGGAGCUGACCACGCUCUGGGAGCGCCCGUGGCUGGAGGCCGUGUCCACUCCACUGUCUGACUGGCCCGAGUGGUUCGACUGGGACUCGGGCAGACUGGCUGACCCGGAGCUGGAGCCAGAGCGGAUGCUGGAGGUGGAGAGGGAGGACCAGUCGUAGGCCGCCUCCGUGCGUUUCAUAGCCUCCUGGACCGCAUUAUCUACCAAGAUAAUUUUCUUCGAUCAUAAUCACUGUCGUGUAUAUACCCCCCAAGCAGAAACCUCGACGGCCCGGAAAGAACUUAAUUUGACUAUGUAAACUGGAAACCACAUCCUGAGGCUGCAUUUAUUGUAGCUGGGGAUUUUAACAAGGCUAAUCUGAAAACAAGGCUCCCUAAAUUUUAUCAGCAUAUCAAAUGCGUGUCCCCGGGCUGGCAAAACCCUGGAUCAUUGUUAUUCUAACUUCCGCCAUGCAUAUAAGGCCCUCCCCCGCCCUUCUUUUGGAAAAUCUGACCACGACUCCAUUUUGUUGCUCCCAGCCUAUAGACAGAAACUAAAACAGGAAGCACCCGAUUCAGUGAACGAGUUAAUUAGCAAGUGCAUUGGUACCCACAGCGUCUAUUAAAACAUUCCCCAACCAGAAACCGUGGAUUGAUGGCAGCAUUCGCGCAAAACUGAAAGAGUGAACCACAGCUUUUAAUCAGGGCAAGAUGACCGGAAACAUGACCGAAUACAAACAGUGUAUCUAUUCCCUCCACAAGGCAAACAAACAAGCUAAGCAUCAGUAUAGAGACAAAGUAGAGUCGCAAUUCAACGGCUCAGACACUAGAGGUAUGUGGCAGGGUCUACAGUCAAUCACAGAUUACAAAAGAAAAACCAGCCCCGUCGCAGACCACGAUGUCAUGCUCCCAGACGAACUAAACAACUUCUUUGCUCGCUUUGAGGACAAUACAGUUCCACUGACAGGGCCCGCUACCAAAACAUGCGGGCUCUCCUUCACUGCAGCCAAUGUGAGUAAAACAUUUAAAGGUGUUAACCCUCGCAAGGCUGCCGGCCCAGACAGCAUCCCCAGCCGCGUCCUCAGAGCAUGCGCAGACCAGCUGGCUGGUGUGUUUACGGACAUAUUCAAUCAAUCCUUAUCCCAGUCUGAUAUUCCCACAUGCUUCAAGAGGGCCACCAUUAUUCCUGUUCCCAAGAAAGGGGUCUCGACCCUGCCCUAUGCAACUGGGUCCUGGACUUCCUGACGGGCCACCCCCAGGUGGUGAGGGUAGGUAACAACAUCUCCACCCCGCUGUUCCUCAACACUGGGGCCUCACAAGGGUGCGUUCUCAGGCCUCUCCUGUACUCCCUGUUCGCCCAUGACUGCAUGGCCAUGCACGCCUCCAACUCAAUCAUCAAAUUUGCAGACACAACAGUCGUAGGCUUGAUUACCAACAACGGCGAGACUGCCUACAGGGAGGAAGUGAGGGCCCUCGGAGUGUGGCGUCAGGAAAAUAACCUCGCACUCAAUUUUGACUAAACAAAGGAGAUGAUCAUGGACUUCAGGAAACAGCAGAGGAAGCAGCACCCUAUCCACAUCGACGGGACAGUAGUGGAGAACGUGGAAAGUGUUAAGUUCCUCAGCGUACACAUCGCGGACAAACUGAAAUGGUCCGCCCACACAGACAGCAUGGUGAAGAAGGCGCAGCAGUGCCUUCCAGCAACAGUGUGUGAAAACCUUGUGAAGACUUACAGAAAAAGUUUGACCUCUGUCAUUGCCAACAAAGGGUAUUUAACAAAGUAUUGAGAAACUUUUGUUAUUGACCAAAUACUUUUUUUCCACCAUAAUUUGCAAAUAAAUUCAUUAAAAAUCC